AUGGCUGACUCAAACCCACAAGCAGGAGACACAGGCCCGCCAAAGGGCAUCCCAGCUCUGAAAGCGCAUGUCAUAGCAAACAAAGUGGACGUAGCGCUUUGGGGAAUACGUCUUCUCACAGUUUUGUUUACCAUCGGCUAUGUCAUACCCAUAUUCAACAACCCAGCAUCAGCGUUCUUCAAAGCCUUACUGGCGAAUGCCGCAACUUCAGCGCUUAGACUGCACCAACGCAUCCCGGCGAGGGAGAUCGCUCUCUCACGGGAGUUCCUCAACCGAUUUUUCCUAGAGGACAGCGCGCACUACCUCUUCUACUCGCUGAUAUUCAUGAACGUGGCGCCUAACUUAUUAAUUCUGACGCCGAUCUUUCUGUUCGCUCUGCUGCACGCCGCCUCGUACUCGCUCACGAUACUCGACACCCUCGGUCAGAACUCGAUGUGGGUGGCGCGACUGCUCAUUUCCCUGGUGGAGUUCCAGUCUCGCAACAUUCUGCGCGUCGCCGCUCUCGCGGAGAUCGUGCUCUUCCCGCUAGUCGUGCUCAUGGCACUCAUCGGCUUCUGCGGCCUCAUGACUCCGUUCGUGUACUACUACUUCGUGACGUGGCGCUACGCGUCGCGGCGGAACCCGUACACGAGGAACACGUUCCGCGAGCUGCGCGUGCUGGCCGAGCGCACCGCCGAGCGGCCCGCGCUCCCCGCCGCCCUGCGCGCCGCGCUGCUGGCGGCCGUGCGCCUCGUGUGCCGCAUGGCGCCGCCCGUCGAGACAGUGCAGCAAUAACGCGCGAGAUCAGUGUAAGUGCGCGGACAAUCAUCGACUACAUCACGAAGUCCAGUUGCAUAUAAGGGUUCUCGAAAACUAAAAAAUAAUGUUUUAAGUUUUCGCUUCCCACAGACCUACUGCGAACAAUUUCUACUAGUUAUUUUUAAGGAAGCCAUUUCAAGGCCGUGGAUUCAAUAUGCAAUCGAAUGGUAUAAUGUUUUACACAAAUAAAACUAAUAUAAGUACACAAUGUAUUUUUGCAGUUUCACAAGACUCGGUUGUAACGAUACUAUUGUAAAUGGGAUAGUUAUGGUAUUACUUUAAGUUUAAUUAUAUUUAAUUUUGAGAAGUAAACGAUUUUGGUCCAAUUUAAUUUAGAAAAUAAAAAAUAAACUAUAAACUAAGAAAAUAAGCGACAUGGUUGUUUUACGAUGUAUUUUUGUUUAUAUUUAUUUAAACGAUUAUCGUUUACAUGUGUUUAAAGCUCGGUUAUCAUUCCAAUUAUGAACUGAGAGUAUUUUGUAAGUCGAUUAGAAAAAUUAUACCUUUUCACGACUACCUUUGAAUUUUUUGCGGUUUCAAUUUAUGUUUUUGUGCACGUGGUUUGGGAUGGAUGUAACCUGGAUUUUUAAAUAAAAUGUUAUUAAUUAAA